UAAAUAAAGAGGACGAGGCAGAAGCAGAUCGACCGCGUUUUCACACCGGUUAAGGGGAUUGAUUGCAGCGUGCACCGGGCAGCAGACAUGGCUUCAGACGAACCUAAAGCAAAGAGACAAAGACUGUCGGAGGAGAAGAAGAAGGAGAAGGAGGAAGAGAAGGAGGAGGAGAAGGAGGAGGAGAAGGAGAAGGAGAGGAAGACUCCGACCAAGAAGACUCCUGCUAAACUAAGCACUAAUUCACUCUUUGGGAUGGGAAACCCCUUACUGGACAUCUCUGCUGUAGUGGACAAAGACUUCUUGGACAAGUACACUCUGAAACCCAACGACCAGAUCCUGGCAGAGGACAAACACAAAGCACUAUUUAAGGAGAUAGUGAAGAAGUCCAAAGUUGAGUACCACGCUGGAGGAGCCACGCAGAACUCUAUAAAAAUUGCUCAGUGGAUGAUCCAAGAACCCCAUAAUGUGGGCACGUUCUUUGGCUGCAUCGGUAAAGACAAGUUUGGAGAGAUCCUGAAGCAGAAGGCUGAGGAGGCCCACAUCGAUGCCCACUACUACGAGCAAGAUGAAGAGCCCACAGGGUCAUGUGCUGCUUGCAUCACCGGAGAUAACAGGUCUCUGGUAGCAAACCUAGCUGCUGCUAACUGUUACAAGAAGGAUAAGCAUCUAGACCUGGAAGAGAACUGGAAGCUGGUGGAAAAAGCUAAAGUCUACUAUAUUGCUGGUUUCUUCCUGACUGUCUCUUUGGAGUCCAUCCUGAAAGUGGCGAAGCAUGCGUCUGAAAAUAACAAGCUCUUUUGCCUGAACCUCUCUGCGCCCUUCAUCUGCCAGUUCUUCAAGGAUAACCUUAUGCAGGUUAUGCCCUACGUCGAUGUGCUGUUCGGCAAUGAGACCGAGGCAGCUACAUUUGCUGAAGAGCAGGACUUCGAGACCAAGGACAUUAAGGAAAUUGCCAAGAAAGCCCAGGCUUUGCCCAAAGUCAACACAAAGAGACAGAGGAUUGUAGUGUUGACCCAGGGGAAGGAUGAAACUACGAUGGCCCAAGAAGGCAAGGUCGAGACAUUCCCUGUAUUGAAAAUUGACUCCAAGGACAUUGUUGACACAAUCGGUGCAGGUGACGCCUUUGUCGGAGGUUUCCUGUCUGAGCUGGUCCAGGAGAAGCCACUGGAUCAGUGCGUGAAGGCGGCACACUACGCCGCCAACGUCAUCAUCAGAAGACCAGGUUGCACCUUCCCAGAAAAACCCGACUUUAACUGAGGAUUCCUGGACACCUUUCCCUUCAGUCUGAAACCUCAUACUUAAUCAGCAGUAUACAAUUUUUCAAAAAAAUAUUACGCCCCAUUUUUUAUUUUUUAUUUUUAAAUCAGCCAUCCGUCCAUGUGAUCCGCCCAUAUUUUUGUAUCAAUAUUUAGUUUGGUGCCUCCUGAUAUGUGUGCCUGUCUCCGUGUUCUCCACUUGGCGGCACUAGAGGAUCGUGCAGCCAAGAGAAGAUUUGUUUCUAUAAAUGACCAUUGAGGAAUAAUAAUAAUAAUAAUAAUACCACAGGAUGUGAUAAUUUUGCCUUACAUAAGGGAUCUAAAUGGAAAAUCUUGUUUUCAUGGACAGUUGUUUUGGGAUUCUUUCUAAAUGUAUUUUGGCUCUGACGCCGCCAUCGUCCGGCUGCACUGACGUCCAUCAGACUCUGCUGCGAGCUCUUGUGUUGACAACUUAAGGGUUUCUUCCCUUUUUGGAGACAAAGCCGAAGCACAAGAGGUUAAUUCCACUAUGGGAGGACACGUUAUACACAAACAGGACUAAAGAAUAAAAUAUUAUUGUCAUGGGAGGUUUUGGAUACUGCAUUGAAUAUGAAUAUAUAUGCAGUAAUGAUUUGUUUUAGACUAUUUUUUUUAACAUUAAUUAUUCCUGAUGAGUUUUCAGUUGUUUAGAUUUGAUUGAACAGGCCAGUUAAAAAACCAAAUGUUUUAUUUUUAAGCGCACACUUUUUAAAUGUCUCUGCCCACUAAGUCCUGUCAUCACUGUUAAAUGUCCGCUUUAUUGUGUGAACGCAGAAAUUACCUUCAACAUCACCACUGGAAGUUUGUGUUUUUCCUCACGCCAUUUUUUGGGGCAGGUGGUUUUAGUAAUGAGUGCCUUUUUCCUUUUCUUUCUCUGUAAAUGUUUAGUUUUUAAGUUGGAAACUUGCAAGAUUAGACCAGUGAUGGGCAACUGGUGACUUGCAGGGGUGGAAAUGGACGUAUAACAUCUGUAAAAUGAUACGCUGGUAUUGUCGGAAAGAUAUUAUUUUUUAAUUUUCUCUGUCAGGAAUACAGGAGGGAAUUCAAACUGAUCUUUCCUCUGUUGAUGUCAAUAUGCACUACCUGAAGAAUAUGACACGCCCACUUCAGUAUACACUUCACCUGCAAAGUCUUUGGUUCCAGCUGGGAACCGACUUUUCAGGUUCCAAACCAAUUUAUUUUUGGUAUAAGUGCUACAAACGGUUAUGGGGCCAACCAUUUCAAACCAUUAUGAAUUUACCUUGAGUUCAUGUUGUCGUCUGCACAACACUGAAUACUUAAAUACAACUAUUCUAAAUAUUUAUAGCCUCAAAACUUUCAUGUUGACGGGCAGGAAGUAGUUCUGAACGUUCAGCCAAAAAGCCUUAUACAUUUCAUUUUAAAUCUUGAUAGUUGCCCAUCUCUGUGCAAGACUCAUGAUGCCUAAAAUUCACAAAUAAAAUUCAGUGUUAAUCCUA